GCAGCGAUGGCGGACAGCGAUGACGAGUACGACCGGCGCCGCCGGGACAAGUUCCGCCGCGAGCGCAGCGACUACGACCGGUCCCGGGAGCGGGAGGAGCGGCGCCGCGAGGACUGGAGCGACCGGGAUUGGGACCGGGGCCGGGAGCGCCGGAGCCGUGGCGAGUACCGGGACUACGACCGGACCCGGCGGGAGCGCUUCUCCCCCCCCCGGCACGAGCUCAGCCCCCCCCAGAAGCGCCUGCGCCGGGAUUGGGAUGAGCACAGCGCGGAUCCCUACCACAGCGGCUACGAGGGGCCCUACAGCGGGGGGGGCGCCGGCCCCACCUAUGGCCCCCCCCAGCCCUGGGGGCACCCCGAGAUGCACGUGAUGCAGCACCACAUCCUGCCCAUCCAGGCCAGACUGGGGAACAUCGCGGAGGUGGAGCUGGGCCUGGCCCCCCCCGUGCUCAAGAGCUUCAAGGAGUUCCUGCUCUCGCUGGACGACGCCGUGGAUGAGACGGAGGCCGUGAAGCGCUACAACGACUACAAGGUGGACUUCCGACGGCAGCAGCUGCAGGACUUCUUCCUGGCACACAAGGAUGAGGAGUGGUUCCGGUCCAAGUACCACCCGGACGAGGUGGGCCGGCGGCGGCAGGAGGCCCAGGCCGCGCUGCGGAACCGCCUCAACGUCUUCCUGUACCUGGCGGACAACGGCUGGUUCGAGAACCUGCUCCUGGACAUCGACCGCGCGCCCGCCAUCGUCAAGACCCUGGAUGCAGCCGUGAUCAAGAUGGAGGGGGGCACGGAGCACGACCUCCGCAUCCUGGAGCAGGAGGAGGAGGAGGAGCGCGGAGACAAGGCCGAAGGCCCCCGGAAGGAGGAGCCAAGGCCCCCGGAGCCCGAGCGCAAGGGGGGCCCCGAGGACAAGGAGGAGAAGAAGGGUGACGGUGAAGCCGGGGGGCAGGAGCCGGGCGCAGUGGGGCCGGAGCAGCAGCAGCAGCCACAGGAGCAGGACAAGGGCCAGGACGAGGAGGGGGAACCGAGGGCAAGAAGCGCCCCCGCAGCGGCAACGACAGCGACGAGGAUGAGGACGGGAGCGACUCCGACAGCGACCGGGAGCGGGGCCGGCGCCCGGCCGAGAGCCAGGAGGAGAAGGCCAAGGAGGAGAAGAGCCGUGAGGACGAGGGGGGCUCGGCCCCCCAAAGGCAAAGGAGAAGGAGCCGGGGGGAGGGGCAGCAGCGGCAGGGGCAGGAGGGGGGUGCGGGGGGGGGACCCCAAACCCCGGCCCCUGCACAAGACCUGCUCCUUGUUCAUGAGGAACAUCGCGCCCAACAUCGCCCAGGCCGAGAUCGUGGCGCUCUGCAAGCGCUACCCUGGCUUCAUGCGCGUGGCUCUGUCCGAGCCCCAGCCCGAGAGGAGGUUCUUCCGCCGGGGCUGGGUCACCUUCGACCGCAGCGUGAACAUCAAGGAGAUCUGCUGGAGCCUGCAGAACAUCCGGCUGCGGGACUGCGAGCUGAGCCCGGGGGUGAACCGGGACCUGACGCGGCGCGUGCGCAACGUGAGCGGCAUCACGCAGCACCGGCCCAUCGUGCGCCACGACAUCCAGCUGGCCGCGCGCCUCGUGCACGCGCUCGACGCCCGCGCGCACCUCUGGGGGCCGCCGCCGGGGGCCCCCGCGCCUGGCACCGCCGCCACCCCCCCACCGGCACCACCGGCAGCGGUGCCGUCGCAGAACCCGGUGCUGCGCCACAUCACCGAUUACCUCAUCGAGGAGGUGAGCGCCGAGGAGGAGGAGCUGCUGGGGGGGGCGGGCGCCGAGGAGCCCCCCCGCGAGCCCAACCCCACCGAGGUCACCGUCGAGCGCGACGAGAAGCUCCUCAAGGUGCUGGACCGGCUGCUGCUGUACCUGCGCAUCGUGCACUCGGUCGAUUACUACAACACCUCGGAGUACGUCAACGAGGACGAGAUGCCGAACCGCUGCGGCAUCGUGCACGUGCGGGGCCCGCUGCCCCCCAACCGCGUGUCCCACGGAGAGGUGCUGGAGUGGCAGAAGGCGUUCGAGGCGCGGCUGGGGCCGCUGCUGCAGGGCCGGGAGGCGCUGCCGA